UUUUUUUUUUUGUUCUACAAUAGAUUGGGGCUUCUUUUUUUUUUAUUAUUUAUUUAUUUAGUAUUUUUACUUUAUUUAUUUAGAAAUGUCUGAUGAAGAAUAUGAAGUAGAAGCUAUUAGAGCUGCCAAACGACCCAAAGGCAGAAAGAAAUCAUACCAAUAUUUGAUCAAGUGGAAAGGAUAUGAUAGUGAUGAAAAUACUUGGGAAUGGGAACGGAAUAUAACAGCACCUUUACUUCUUGAACAAUUCUGGAAAGAGAACCAACCAUCCAAAACCAAAAAACAAAAGAAACCAAGGAAACAACCUCAAGUAGUGAUAGCAAGUAGCGAUGAAGAUGAGACUGUUGAACAGACCUCACCCCCUGAUACGCGUCCAGCAUCAGAAAGAAGAAACGAAAAAAACGUGAUAGGAGAUCCUUCUUUUACCGGGACAAGAGCCUAUUUUUUGUGUCAUGGUGAUUUACGAACAAUACGGUAUGAAGGGAAUAUAUACAAGGUGGAUAAUGGAUUUAGAGCUCAUUGGGAUUGGAAAAAAAGAAUAUCAAGUAUUGAAAGGGCUAUCACGUGGAGGUAUCAUGGUUUGGAUGAAAUUUAUUUUCUUAUUCGUUGGUAAGUAUUAAAUAAAAUAAAAAAUAAAAAAAAAAUAAAAAAAAAAUAAUCUGUUUUUUAUUUCUGAUAGGGAUGAUGAUGUUGUUGCUGCUUAUGAAUCAGAGGUGGUACGAUUCAAAUGUCCACAGAAGGUAAAAGAAAUUAACAUCCUUGGGAAUUUUCAUGACUAACUUGAUAUUUUGUAUUAGAUUAUUGAUUUUUAUGAAGAAUGGUUUGUCCUGACCGCUAAUUCAUG